AUGCCCGUUGUUACAGACGAGGUCGCCGCUCUCCAGGCGAUUGGGACCCUUGAGGACCCUUCUGCCGAGCAACAGCAGGCACUGCAAGCCCUCAACGCGAUAUUGUGCGAUGGCGAACCUUUCGUAGAUAUCCACGAACUCUUCGGUUACUACAAUGUACUUUGCGCCGGAAUAUGUGAGCUCUCCAAGGAUCCAACAACCGGGAAAUUUACAAGGAUUCGCCUAAAGAUGAGCACGCCCCUAUUGCAAUACCGACCCAGGUCCGACACCGUCAACACAUUGUUGCAUGAAGCUAUUCACGCUUACUUCUUCAUCACGACUUCGUGGCGACAUUCACGUGGGGACGAUGGUACCGGCCACGGUGAAGGCUUCCAGCUACUGGCUGACGCUAUCAAUUCUCACGGUAACUACGAGAUCACCGUCUUCCACACAUUCCAUGACGAAGUGGACAGCUACAGAACGCACGUUUGGCAAUGCUCGGGGUCUUGUAAAGAUCAGCCACCGUACUUUGGUCUUGUCAAACGUAGCAUGAACCGGCCGCCAGGAAAAUAUGAUUCAUGGUGGGCAAGACACGAAGCCGAGUGCGGAGGGACGUAUACAAAGAUACAGGAGCCCGCACCGACGAAAAAGAAGAUCGAAGCGAUGAGUCAGAUGGAAAGAGCAGGGCGUCAGAAAAACAAGCUCGACGGGUGGCUGAAGCCUAAACCAAAGCUUGGUAUCGAGGGCAAAACCUCCAAAGACAUAGAACAUCCCAAGGAGGAGGACAUCAGCCGUUCAGAAGCGACUAACGGGAAGCGUAAGGCUGCUGCUAUCAGCUGA